GUGACGCCUCGUGUCGGCUGUGGCCACUUGGUGUAAGCGUUGAGUCAGGCCGACAAACGAUUAUGGAUUUUGGUUGUGAUGAUUCCCACAGUGGACUUCGCUACUACUUUCAAGCAGCAAAACAGUUGAGCUUGGAUAAGGCGAACGAAAUUCGCUCGAAAGAAUGUGCAUGUAAGAUCAACCCAACUUAUGGACAAGCAUGGGAAGAAGCCGAGAAACGGUACGAGACGAAACGUGUGCGCCACAAGUCUCAUUCCUGGAACCUUUCGGAGAAAGAGUGCUACGUGGCCAUUAUAUGUUACACGCUCAAGACAAAUGUGUGGCAAAGGUUCAAUGACUACUGCCGCCGUGCUAGUGCAACCGAAGCGAGCUGGAACGCCUUUCCGUACAAGAGUCUUUGGUAUUUUCUCAUUCGUGCAUUCGAGAAGUUGCCGCCGUUCUCCCCGUUCUCUGCCCCUAAAGGGACCUUCUUUCGGGGUGUCAAGUUCUAUCGCAAUACCGGUCCUACGGUUCCAUUUGUGCAAUUUGUGUCGGCAAGUGUGUCGAGUGAUCAGGCUAGCAAGUUUGGUCAGUAUCUCCUCACGCUAGAACGCGUUCCUCAAGAACUUGUGAGAGACAUCAGCUUGUACUCAGCCUAUGAACACCACAAAGAAGUGCUCAUCUGGCCCUUCUGCACGUUCAACGAUAUAUCUUCUGACGCGUCGACGGAGAAGAAAACCCUUCGCUUCAGUUUCGCCAAUCCUUGGGUGGUUCAACUGCCAUCGAUAAUGCCAUCGUUGACGACACCUACAUAUAUUCAAGGUCAAAUGUCGGAGGCAGCGUCAGUUCGUUCGGUAGGCGCUGAGGGAGAUACCUGGAGAGCCCAGAGGGGGUGGAGAGGGCGCCACCAACGCCACAGUGAGGAUGUCGGGAGAGACUACAUGCGGUCGCGAUGGCGCCACCACCGCCAAAGUGAUGAUUUGGGGAGAGACUACAGGCGGUCGCGAUGGCGCCACCAACGUCACAGUGAGGAUUUCGGGAGAGACUACAGGCGGUCGCGACGGCGCCACCACCGCCAAAGUGAGGAUUUACGGGGGUGGCGUUUGUGGCGAUAUACAGAUACCCACUGGGCAAUGAAGUUUGAUUCGAAAGGUGGCGCCAUCUUAUGCUGGCGUUUUGCAACUCCGAGACGGCCCUUGGCCGCAAUCAUUGAAUCCGAUCUCGAGCUAGAGACGAGAGAAAGAAACGGGGAAUCCCCAUUUUUCUUUUUCUCUCUCCUCUCUAGUGUUUUGUGUAGGAUUUGAUACCUGUAUAAGCCAUUCCGUUGUCGAAUAAAUAAGGGGAGGAAGUGGCCGAAUGGGCUAACGCGUCUCAGCUCGGAGCGUGGAGCGAAAGCUUGCGCUGGGAACCUCCUGGGUUCGAUCCCCGCC